AUGUCUACCCGAAAGAACUCCAAACAAACUCCCGCGACGAAGCAAGCAAAGCUCUCGUUCGCAUCCAAGCGGAACUCCUCCACCGCUAGCGCUGCUGCAGGAAAGCAACAGAAGGCGGACACGGUCCGCAAGCCUUCACUUGCUCGGGCCGCAGGCUCUCGCUCGGUUUCUACCACCAUCCCUACCGAACCCAUCUCAAUCUCCAUAUCGGACAGCGACAGCGAUGUGUCGUUCAACGACGACUACGUUGUUCCGGAGACGAAGAAGCGCCGCGUGAACCCGCCGCGCGGGCCGGCUGCUAAGAAGGCGCGCAAGGCGCAAGAGGAGGAUGUGGUCGAAGAGGCUGAGCCCGAGAAAGCGAAGACAAAGCUGGACCUUGAGGACAAGCGGUGGAGGAAGCAGUAUGGCGUCGUACGCGAGAAGAUGGGUCAUCUCGAGCCUGUGCACGCGCAGGGACAAACCAUGGUGCACCACAUCCUUCGGGUGUUUGACCUGUCAUACGAAUACGGACCCUGCAUAGGAGUGUCAAGACUCGAUCGUUGGGAGCGCGCUCAUGCUCUGGGACUCAAUCCGCCUUCGGAGGUUAAGGACAUCCUCCUGACCAAGGAAGGCAGCACAGACGAGCAGUUCACCCAGUCUGUGUUUCACAACCAGGUCUGAGGCUAUCAAGCCUCUUGUCAGCCGCCCUAUACCGCUCCCUCUCCGCUCCCCGUUUUACCUCCGUGCUUGUGAUCGUCGUGAUUCUCGUUGCUUUCUGCUGUGUUGUGAUGUUGAGAUAACGAGGACAAUGUAGGAAUGUGCUUGUAGUGCGUAGCAUCAUGUAUCCGUAGAACGUUAGUCGUACUGUACAAAUGUCUAGUUGCUUUGAAGGU